GGAUCCAGAUUUCCUUUGCCUUUGCAUGCCGCUCAAUGGAUAUUCACCAACGAAAUACUCGAGUCUAUUCGUCUCGAUUGCAUAAAAAUCGGGUAUCUUAUAAUCGGAUUUAGAAAAAUGAUUUGAUUUUCAUUUUCCUUUAGUUGUUUAAAAGUUCUUCACUUUCUCAAUUAUUAGCCUUCAUCUACUUGGUCUCAGAAAAGUUUGCUAAUUAUUUAAUUCAGUAGUGAAAUGAAGUAAUAGCUUGAUCCUAAGCUGUGUGGCUCCUACUCUUACCAUUUUGUAUCUAUAUUCAACCUUUAAUUAAAGCAGUGAGCAGAACCCAGGUCACAAAUUUGUCUUUUUUUCAGACAAAACUGCAUUUAUUGGGGUGCUGGUGCUGUAUGCUAAAAGGGUUAUGAGCAUUAUGCAACUGAACACAUGAUGAAGUAAAUGUGAUUUCUACAUUCCCAAGAAAUGUUUUCUUCAACUUUUUAAGGUUUUGCUUUUCUUUUUUUUGAGUUUUAAGUGGAAAGAGAGGAAUGGAGACUUUCAGAGUUGGUUUCUGUUCAUUGCUUUCUGUAAUUUUCAUGCUUGUUCCAGCUUCAAUGGGGCAGCUUACUCCAAGUGAAACCAGGAUUUUUUUCCAAGUUCAAAGGCUUCUUGAAUAUCCUGAAGUUCUUCAAGGAUGGACAAACUGGACCAACUUCUGUUACCUCCCUCCUUCUGCUUCUCUCAAGAUUGUCUGUACAAACAGUCGAGUAACAGAAUUAACUAUCGUUGGAAGCAAGAGCUCUCCAGCUCACAGCACAACGACAGCUUCAGGGUAUGUUGUUGCAGGUUCUCAAAAGGCUUUGUCUGGGAAAUUCUCCAUUGAUGCAUUCUUCACUGUCCUGACAAAGCUUUCGAAUUUGGAAGUAUUGUCCCUGGUGUCCCUGGGGUUGUGGGGUCCCUUGCCUGCUAAGAUCAACAGGUUUCGUUCACUUGAAGUUCUUAACAUGAGCUCAAAUUUCAUUUCCGGGGAGAUUCCUAAGCAGAUUGCAUCAUUCAAGAAUCUAACCAGUCUUGUUUUGGCUGACAAUCUGUUCAAUGGGAGUGUCCCAGAUCUUACAGGCCUGGCACAACUUGAAGAGCUGAAUUUGGGUGGCAACCACCUUGGUCCACAAUUUCCUUCAUUAAGCCAGAGUCUUGUAAGUUUAAUAUUGAGCAACAAUUCUUUUAGAUCUGAAAUCCCUUCAGGAUUGAAGAAAUUCUAUCAGCUUCAGAUGCUGGAUAUCUCUUCUAAUGGAUUUGUCGGACCAGUCCCAUCUUUUCUGUUCUCCCUGCGGUCAAUUCAGUAUCUUAAUCUGGCCCAAAACCAGCUAAGCGGGGCCCUUGCAGUGAAUACAUCCUGUGGCAAGAACCUCAUGUUUGUAGAUAUCUCAAAUAACCUUUUGAUAGGAAAACUCCCUCCAGGCAUAGGAUCAAGUUCAACAAACAGAACAGUCAUUAGCUCAUGGAAUUGUCUAUCUGCUGGAAAUUCAAAUCGUCAGCAUCCACAUUCAUUUUGCAACAAAGAAGCAUUGGCUGUCAAGCCUCCAGUCAGAAGAAAAGAGCAGGAGUCUGGGAUCAAAAUAGGCCUAUUGCUCGGUAUCAUUGGAGGCGUUCUGGGCAUUGCAGGAGCUAUUGCUUUGUUAAUUUUGGUCAUUGUCAGAAGAUCAGAAAGAACUGCAGAUGCAAACUAUGAAAAAUCCCUUGCAGACAAAAUGUCUGUUCGUAGCUCCCCAAAACCAGCCAUUGAUUCAAGGCGUGUGCCUCAGACAAUGAGAUCAGCUGCAAUUGGACUUCCUCGAUAUCGUGUUUUCAGCUUGGAGGAAAUUGAAGAUGCAACAAACAACUUUGACCCAUCAAAUUUUAUGGGGGAAGGAUCUCAAGGACAGCUCUAUAAAGGUUGGCUCGUAGACGGCUCAGUGGUGGUGGUGAAAUGUCUGAAACUAAAGCAGAAGCAUUUACCUCAAAACCUCAUGCAACACAUGGAAGUUCUGUCCAAGCUCAGACAUCGGCAUUUGGUUAGCGUUCUGGGACACUGUAUUGUUACUUACCAGGAUCAUCCCAACAUAGCAAGUACAGUGUUCGUUGUCUUUGAACACAUUUCGAAUGGAUCAUUGCGGGACUAUCUUACUGAUUGGAGAAAGAAGGAAAUACUGAAAUGGCCGCAGAGAAUGGCAAUCACCAUUGGUGCUGCAAGGGGAAUCCAGUUCUUGCACACAGGAAUUGCACCUGGCAUAUACGGAAACGAUUUGAAGAUUGAUAAUAUCUUGUUGGAUGAGACUCUUACAGCCAAAAUCAGUAAUUACAACAUCCCCUUGCCACUUAAGGCGGGUUCAGAAAGCCCCCUGGCCAAUCGUCUUACUAGUGAUGAAAAUGCAGAGAAGGAAGACAUUUAUCAGCUGGGAAUUCUUCUACUUCAAGUUAUUACUGGUAAACCGGCCACAUUCACAAGUGAACUGGAUGAGCUUAAACUUCAGCUGGAACAGAGCUUAGAUGAAGGGCCAUCAAAGUUGAGAGGUGUCAUAGAUCCCUCCAUUCGUGGCACUUUUGCAUAUGAAUCAAUGAGAACCACAGUCGAAUUCGCUCUCAAUUGCCUGUCCAAAGAUUCGACCAAGCGCCCCUCCAUAGAAGACGUUCUUUGGAAUGUGCAGUAUUCAAUCCAAAUUCAGGACGGAUGGACCAGUAGCGGAAACCUUGCCACACAUAUGUAAUACUUCAUUACAUUUUCUCAACUGUAAGCAAAAAUAAACGCUGGGAUUUCCACUUGUAUUUAUAUAAGAUUUUUUGUCGCAAAUUUUCAUAAUAAAGUUUCCACAUGGAAGUUUGUUUUA